AGAUUUAUUCAGGAGAUUGAGCAUGCCCUGGGGCUUGGCCCAGCCAAACAGUGCCCUCUUCGAGAGUUUCUCACCAUGUACAUCAAAAACAUCUUCCUCAGUCAGGUCUUGGCUGAGAUCAACAAGGAGAUUGAAGGAGUCACUAAAACAUCUGACCCCUUGAAGAUCCUCGCUAAUGCAGACACCAUGAAGGUGUUGGGGGUGCAGCGGCCUCUCCUACAGAGCACUAUCAUCGUGGAGAAGACAGUGCAAGACCUCAUGAACCUGAUGCAUGACUUGAGUGCAUAUUCAGAUCAGUUCCUCAACAUGGUGUGUGUGAAGCUCCAGGAGUACAAGGACACCUGCUCUGCAGCCUACAGGGGCAUUGUCCAGUCAGAAGAAAAACUUGUCAUCAGUGCAUCUUGGGCAAAAGAUGAUGAUAUCAGCAGACUCUUGAAAUCACUACCAAACUGGAUCAAUAUGGCUCAGCCCAAACAGCUGAGGCCAAAGAGAGAAGAGGAAGAAGAUUUCAUAAGGGCCGCCUUUGGCAAGGAGUCCGAAGUUCUCAUUGGGAACCUGGGUGAUAAGUUAAUCCCUCCACAAGACAUUCUGCGUGACGUCAGUGACCUCAAAGCCUUGGCAAACAUGCAUGAAAGCCUGGAAUGGUUGGCAGGCCGAACAAAGUCAGCUUUCUCCAAUCUGUCUACAUCCCAGAUGCUUUCUCCUGCUCAAGAGAGUCACGUGAACAUGGACCUUCCCCCAGUGUCCGAGCAGAUCAUGCAGACUCUAAGUGAACUCGCCAAGUCCUUCCAGGAUAUGGCCGACCGCUGCUUGCUAGUCUUGCAUCUGGAAGUGAGAGUUCACUGUUUCCACUAUCUCAUCCCUCUGGCAAAGGAGGGGAACUAUGCCAUUGUCGCCAACGUGGAGAGUAUGGAUUAUGACCCUCUGGUGGUCAAGCUCAACAAAGACAUAAGUGCCAUCGAAGAGGCCAUGAGCGCCAGCCUUCAGCAGCACAAGUUCCAGUAUAUCUUUGAAGGCCUGGGACACCUCAUUUCCUGCAUUCUCAUUAAUGGAGCCCAGUACUUCAGGCGUAUCAGUGAGUCUGGCAUCAAGAAAAUGUGCAGGAACAUUUUUGUUCUUCAGCAGAAUCUGACCAAUAUCACCAUGUCCCGGGAGGCAGACCUGGAUUUUGCAAGGCAGUACUACGAGAUGCUCUACAACACGGCCGACGAGCUCCUGAACCUGGUGGUGGACCAGGGCGUCAAGUACACGGAGCUCGAGUACAUCCACGCCCUCACCCUGCUGCACCGCAGUCAGACCGGCGUCGGGGACCAGAGCACCCAGAACACGCGGCUGCAGCGGCUCAAGGAGAUCAUCUGCGAGCAGGCGGCCAUCAAGCAGGCCACCAAGGACAAGAAAAUAACCACGGUGUAGGGGCCCUUCCCUCCGCCAGACCCGCGCCCCCUUCAGCUUAGUUUGUCCUCACUGAGAGCUAGCAGAAGCCGGGCUGAGGGCUUUUUCUUUAGUCUUGGUUUUCCACAGGAACUCCAAAGGAAGUUUGCAGUACCCAUGUCGCCAGGUAACAGGGAUUUUAACGCAUUCUGUUCUGCAGGGGCUGGGGAGGGACAGGGGGAGGGCACAUCAAGCUGUUACAAGCUGAAAAACAAAAGAAUGAAUUUGUGACACUCAGUAAUGUCUGAUUACCAGCAUGUAAACUUCCACCUUGGGAAGUAGACUGCCACCUAAGUUUUAGUCCCUUUCUACAACCACUUAAUGGGGUUCUCCGACAUGAACAAAAAGAUUUUUAUCCCCUUUAGAGCCUGAUGAAAUAAGUGUAUGCUCACUGCUUUCUGACUCUGUUGCCAAAAUUAAAUAAGUGGCUUCUCAGCUGGCUGUGACUUCCAACAAAUUUCCCCCACCCAAACAGGAACUCUCCAGGGUUAGAAACAAAUGCCCUUUAUCCACAUGGCUGAGCAAACUUGUAUGCUGUAGCUUGUACACGGGGUAUUGGUUGGUUUGUUGCCUUUUUCUUUUAUUUUAUUAAAAAAAAACCAUAAAAUUAGUGACAAAUCUGGAAGAAUGAAAGGCAAUUCAACCCUCUGCCUGGUUUUCUCCUCUAAUUUCCAAGAGAAAAUAAGGGUUAGAGAAUGUUCCUUCUCACUCAAAAUUUGGGGGAUAGUGAUCCUGAGGUCCUCACUUGUCCUCCUGCCAGCACCUCAGUCUUUCUCACCUCAGAAAGCAGCCCAGGUCUGCUCAGCUGAGUGCCAGGACCAUGAGACAGCUGUGACCUUUCUCCUCUGUGCAGCCACCUGAGCCUGUUUCUAAUUGCUGUUCUGUGGCAUGGGUGGGCACUCCCUGUGUUCCUGGCCCACUGGACCAGACCUUACCAUUGUCCCCAGGCUCCCAAAUCUUCUGCCUGCCCAUGCCUCGUGUGUCACCAGAGGCCACAGUCACUGACUGGGUGCAUAUUGAACACAUAAGAGCCAGAAGGACUUGAAUGUGCAGGGUCUCUCACCUUGUGCCCUGGCGUGGGGAGCUUUAUGCCUGUUUGUAACAACUUUGGUCUUGAUGGAAUAAACAGAAAAUUAAAAGAUGGUUUGAGAAGCUUAAA